GUCAAAUAAUAAACAGCUGAUUACUAGUAAAAUGGCGAAUUAUAUUUUAUUCAUUAAAUUGGAUAAGUUAAUAUUUUGAGCGUAAUCCGUCCUUUUAAAAGUAUUUUGAUCAGUUUUUUUUAAAAUGCCUGGAACAAGUUUAGUGGUACCCGUUGUAUUGUGGGGCAAACAUGCCCCAACACAUUGUAUAUCAUGCAUUUACCUGUCAAAGGAUUUGAAGACAUUGGCCACUGGUUGUUAUGAUGGACAGAUAUGUCUCUGGCAAGUGGAUCCAGAUACACUGCAGAUGAUUCCCAGAUGUCUUUUAGUAGGCCACACAGCUCCAAUUUUAUGUAUCACAAGAGCAUCGAUGAUUCAAGAUAAUAAUUACAUUGUCUCUAGUUCUGAAGCGGGAGAAAUGUGCACUUGGGAUUUGAUAGAUGGUAAAUGCAGAGAAACUGUUAAAAUACAACAAGUACACACUAACAUGCAGGCAUAUCACAUGUGUAAUUGUGAAGAUCUACGUCUUUUCUGCAAUGGAUAUUAUCCCGAAAUCAUAGUAAUGGAUCCUUUCAGUUUGGAAAUACUAUUUAUGCUUUCAUCCAAGCAGAACCCAGAUUGGAUUAGCGCCUUACAUGUACUGAGACCAGCGAAACGUAAAGAUGAUGUAGUACUAGCGUUAACAACGACUGGUAUGGUCAAAGUUUGGACUUUGACAGGUGCUGAAAAUAGACAUCAAGAACCAAUUUAUGAAAACGAGAGUAAACAGAUUAGAACUUUGAACGCUGUAUGUUUGCAGUGCUGCUGUUAUAACCAAAGAACUGUACUGGUAGUUUGUACCAAAUAUUGGCAAAUUUAUGAUGCAGGUGAUUUUAGUGUUUUGUGUUCCUACUUGGCUUCAAGAGGAGAGCGUUGGAUGUCUGGAGAUUUUCUUGCAAUCGAUAGAAUAAUAAUGUGGUCAGAUGCAGGAAAAGGUUAUCUUUACAAAUUACCAGCUAACAAGCUACGUGGCAAGAAAAUUAAUAAUAGCAGUAUACCAGACCAUGCAGAUUUCCAUACACCAAGUACGGAAAGCGAUAGUCCAUUUCUAUAUUGUCUUCUGAAUCAACCAGACAGCAAGCCUUUGUCUUGUCCACCAUCUAUGCAUUUUAUAACAACAACAAGAGCAAAUAAAACCAACAAAUCUAGAUAUUUGAUAAGAGGUGAUUCUGAAGGCAUUGUGAUGGUAUGGAGCAUACCUGAAAUAUCUGCAGCGCAAUUAGAGGAAAUCCAAAGACAGAAACUACCUCAACCAGUAACAAUGAAAGCCACCCUUACCACAAGUUUGACAGAAGCGUGGGCGGGAAUGAAUCCGAGUCCAGUUGGUAUAUUGGAUCAACUUGAAAAACAGGAAUGUCAGUCUGUUAAAUUGACUGCAAGUAUUUACCUACCCUUGCAAAGUAGAUUAGUUGUUGGACGGGAAGAUGGAUCGAUAAUUAUUGUACCAGCAAAUCAAACAGUUAUGUUGCAAUUACUCCAUGGAAAUCAUCAACAAUUUAACGGUUGGCCUCAACAUCAAAUUUUAUCCGGGCAUGGGGGCAGGGUGAACUGUUUAUUAUAUCCUCACAGAGAACAUUCUAGAUAUGAUAAAAAUCAUUUAGUAUCUGGUGGAGUAGAUUUCGCUGUUUGUUUAUGGGAUUUAUAUGGUGGUACAUUGCUACAUAGAUUUUGUGUCCAUGCUGGGGAGAUUACACAAUUAUUAGUACCUCCGAAUAACUGCAGCGCUCGGAUUCAAAAGUGCAUUUGUUCUGUAGCGUCCGAUCAUUCUGUCACUUUACUUAGUUUAGCGGAAAGGAAAUGCGUAUGCCUAGCUUCGAGACAUCUUUUUCCAGUAACGACAAUUAAAUGGAGACCUAACGAUGAUUUCAUGAUAAUAGGAUGUUCCGAUGGUACCGUUUACGUUUGGCAAAUGGAAACGGGUCAUUUGGAUAGGGUGUUACAAGGUAUAGCGGCCGAGGAGGUGUUGUAUGCUUGUGAAGAGAAUGAAGCGAAUAACACAUCGUCGGAAGUUGGAUUGGCGAAUCCAGCUGUACACUUUUUUAGAGGAUUAAGACACAGAAAUUUGUCAGCUAUAAGGCAUGCCACACAACGAGGUUUGCAUCAGCUACAAAUGCUCGGAGCCCAUACGAACAAUGAUGAUCCUCAUAUGCAAAGGAAUCACAAUUCUCCACUGUCAAUACAAGGCCUAAGAACAAAUCCCAAAGAUCCUGAAAGUCAUAUCCUUUUCUUCGAUAUAGAAGCUUUAAUAAUCGAAUUAUUAAGCGAAGAAUAUGAAACAAUGUCUCCGGGUAGUCUUGAAGCAGCUGGAUUAAUAAACGCAUCAGAAUAUUUGAAAGUAGCAGCUUUGACUCAAAGCGCAAGUCCUGAUGCACAUAAAAAGAUUGCCGAUUUUUUUGGGAAGAUGAAAAAUAAAGCUGAAAAUAUGGAAAUGAUUAUUAAGGAAAAAGACAAACAUGGAAUUUUAGCAAAAAUGAAAGAAGGUGCAGAAUCCGCUAUAGCAAAAGCCGAAAGUGUUUUAAAACAUUCCGGAGAACACUUCAAAGAAGGACAUGAAUCGACUUCCAAAAAUAGCAAACCAAAUACAUUAGGACCCCUCGAAGCUAGUCAUGGUAUGGAAAUAGCACAACUGCUUCUAUCUUUAUUACAUUCAUGGGGUUUGGAUAGUGAUUUAGAUCGAGUGUGCCAAGUCAAACUUGGUUUGCUACGGCCCAUGGUACCAAUAUCCUAUGGGGUUCUUUCCAAGGCGAAUCACAUGUCACUCUUCCUACCGACAUGGCACAAUACAAUACCAGUAGACGAAGAGCCUCUUCCAAACGAUUUAUCUCUCACGAACAGCAUACCACCCGAGUUGAUAAGACAAGAACAAGUCACUAGAAUAUUUACAUCUCGAACUCAUUGGGAACUUAGUACAACAUUAACUACUAACCAUCUUUUGGCAAUAAUCGCUCUUAGUCAUACUUUAAUGUCGAUGAGCAAUGCUACUUUUGUUCCCGAACAAGAACGAAAUAGAAAAUUACAUAGGCAAUCCACUCGCGUAAAUUGGUCUAAGACUGAUGAAGAACACGAAGAAAUGUUUACACAGCAACAAGCUCAAAUCAAACAAGGAUGGUCUCUAUUGGCAACUUUACACUGUGUCCUUUUACCUGAUAAGGUUGUCGAACAUGGUGCAAAGAACUUCAAGAGACCCCAAGUCGAAAUGAUGGUAAAGAGAUGGCAACAUCAUUGUGUAGAAGUUCGAGAGGCUGCGCAAACUUUAUUAUUGGCGGAGUUGUCCAGAAUGGGUCCAAAAGGUAGAAAGCAACUAGUGGAAUCAUGGGCGCAAUACCUUCCACAAUUUACCCACAUUGAAACUAUCAACCAACAAGUAAAUUCUCCGGUACAACAAACUAAUGGAAAUGCCAAUCAACAACCGCACACUCCUGAUCCAGUGGACGAGGAAUUCGAGGAGGAAGAAGAAGAACAAAUUCGAAAACCGUCCAGUCUAUCAGAGCUAAAGAAGAAGCAAUCGACUGCUGUAAUAAUUUUAGGUGUAAUAGGAGCCGAAUUCGGACAGGACAUCACGUGUAGUGAUAAUAAUAAAAGACGUAUGAGCGAAGAUAGAAGAAAAAGUUCUGUGGUUGAAGGAUUCGGCCCAGGUAACAAUAAUCUAGCAAGACUGACUUCAAUGGCGCUAUCUCAUUUGCUGCUAGCCCCUCCUUCCCCCAAAUUGCCAGCACACAUUCCGUUAAGAAGAGCCGCCAUCGACCUCAUAGGCAGAGGCUUCACUGUAUGGGCCCCAUUUUUAGAUAUUAGUAAAGUAUUGAUAGGUCUGUUAGAACUAUGUUCGGAGGCAGACAGGCUAGUACCUAGUAUGACCUACGGACUACCUCUUACACCUCAAGCUGAUUCGUGCAGGACAGCUAGGCAUGCACUAACACUUAUAGCUACUGCUAGGCCAGCUGCAUUUAUAACCACAAUGGCCAAAGAAGUUGCUAGAUAUAACGCCAUACAACAAAAUGCGCAAACUCUGAACAUUAACAUGAAUAACAACGUGUUGCAUAAAGCUAAACCUGAAAUUCUUAGGGGAGUCGAAUUGUUGAUAGAGAAAAUGCAAAACGAAAUGUCAGACCUUCUUGUCGAAUUAAUGGAUAUAAUACUGCAUUGUUUGGAUCCAAGUCAAUUGAAAAAUAAAGGAUUACAGGACGUGUUUCCAGCUGUUUGUAGAUUCAGUCAAGUAUCACAUUGUCCAGCCACAAGGAGGAUAGCGGUUGGAUCUCAUACUGGUUCACUUACUCUCUAUGAACUUCGACAAGGAAAAUGUGUGAAUAUACGAGCGCAUUCUUCUGCAGUUACUGCGUUGGCAUUUAGUCCAGAUGGAAAAUUUUUAGUUAGUUAUGCAUCUGGCGACAAUAGAUUGAGUUUCUGGCAAACCAGCACUGGUAUGUUCGGUUUGGGCCAAUCACAAACGAAGAAUGUCAAAUCUUACAGCACAGCGCCUAUAGCUGACGUGGCUCGAUUAAACCCGAUGCGUCUCGCUAGAUUAAUCUGGAUGAACAACAGAACUGUAUCCCUGAUGCUGGCAGACGGAUCUGAAACAAGGUUCAACGUGUAACUGAAAGAAAACUUAGGUAAUGUGGCCUUUAUUAUAUCGUACAGUUACCUUUCGAAUCGCCGUAUAAUGUUCCAAAUUGCGCAUGUCUAUGGUGUUAGUUUUACCAUUAUUAUACGAUUUUUUUUUAUCUGUGUAGUGGUAUUUUGAUCGAGAGUCUACUUCUACUGACAAUCUGUAUUUAUUAUAUUUUUAUAUACACAGUAUUAGUUUACAUUUGAUAGGAGUCAGUUAGUUGAUUGUAGUACAGAACAAUAAAUGAACAUAGUAAGAAGAUAAUAAAACGUUGCCAGGUUGCAAUAAAAAUUUGUAGCAUUUUUGGAUUUUACUGCAAUUGAAUUUUGUGAUCAAAACGUUUGAGCCGUUUAUAACUUUACAUUAAUAGUGUUACUAAUGAUAUGAAGAUAAAAAAAGCGAGAAGAAACCAAAAAAGUUGUAUUAUCUAGCAAUAAGCUCAAUUUAGUGUUGUAAUGUUGUCAUUUCAUAUGGAUCAUCACUGUAUACAUUAGUAUUGUAAAACAAUGUACACUUUAUCUCUUCUUAGUUUCUUCCAAUCAUGAAUCCCUAUGGGUAUGUCCCUUAUCAGAGCUUUUUUUGACAUCUAAUUCUGAACUCCAGUACCUGUGCUGGUUGCAGUAGAGUUGGAUAUUUGUUCUUUCAGUUUUAGUAUCUAAAAGUAUAUUUUAGUGUAUGCUUGUAAUGGUGAGGUGAGGGAAACUAGACUUUUUUCCUCAUCUCCACAGAACAUACACUUGUCAGUUUCAGCUAGAUCUAACCCAUAGGAUAAGCUAGUGAGGAGCAUUUUUCUACACCACAGAAAUCAAAAAGUGUUUGUGGUAUUUUUUACAAGCAAGCAGCUACAGCGUCCCUGUCAGAAGCUAUGUCAACAGUUUUGCCCUUCUUAUAUAAGUUUUUUCGUGUUAAAUGAGAUUCUUUCUCCAUAGUGUACAUUUUAAUAUGUCCACUCAUAGACGAAGUACUUGGAUCUAGUGGCGUUAGGUUGAGUUGGCUGUGUCUAUUUUGCUACCAGACUACCACAUACCUAUUUCCUUGAGCUGGUUGAAGUAAAUCUUCUUUUGGACACCAAUUUUGAAAUCUUAGUGCAAAAUUAUUCAGCAAUUGAAAGCAUCAUAUGAAGUCAGUAGUUGUUAAUUUUUCUUUCACUUAGUGAGUGCAUUGAUUCUUGUAUAACUAGAGUCCAAAUUAUUUAAACACGUUUUUUUCAGUACUCACAUGCCAACUUCGAGGUAAUUAAUGAAUUGGGAGCUCAUUACUUAAAUUACUGCUUAACUAUUAAAAUUCUGGGAAAACUCGGUGUUUACAGCUGAUCAAUCAAUCCCACUCUUUUCAAAAAGUCUAGAAUGUGGGAUGGCAUCAAUUGCCAGAGAUCUUCGUCUUCUAUUUCAUACAUUCCCAGGUGUAGUGUUCAAAACUUCUGUAUACUCUCAUACUUCAAGAGAAUGUGGGUAGAGGUUUCGUUCACUACUCAACAGAAUCUGCACAAUGAUGAUCUGCUAUAGCGUUUUCAGGAGUCUAUUAAGGCAACAGUGUACUCGCGGAACUCCUGUUGGUAUUCUUACUUAGGCUGAUACAUUCAGGAGAUAUUCUUUGAUUAUAGUUUCUCAGGAAUGUAUUUGCCUGUCUCAGCCCCUGUAGGUUGUCCCAAUAAUUGAUUUUACCCCUAUCUACCUUCUUUUCCAAUGCUUUUUCUAUUAUAAUGUCGCUGAUACUGAUACUUUAGCGAAUCUUAUCAGCUAUUUCGUUUCUCUCCAUUCUUGUGUGCUCCUAAAUCCAUUGCAGGAUAACUUUUUUAAAUUUUUCUUGCUUAAUCCGUUCAACUUGUCCAAGCAUUCCCAAACUACUUUGAUUUCAUGAUAUUGGAGCUUAGAGCUUUAAUGGUUGUUUGGCUGUAGGACAGGAUGACGAUUUCCUAUCUAGAUUGAACUGGACACAUUUUUAAAUUGCAUAAAUAUCUGCUGGGUGUGUACUCCAGGCUUUCGGAGUGUUUGGUUCUAUGCCUGUACACUCUUAUUCCAUUUCUGUUGUUUUAAAGCCAUCCGUGUAACAUUUGAUGGUGUUUCUGUUCAUUUCUCAUAUGGUGUUUUGAUCCCACUUGCUUCCUUAGUAUUGAGGUGAUUUUUUUCUCAAAGCUAAACUUUAUUGGUAUUUAAUCUUGAGACGCUUAUUGGAGGUACUCAUAUUUUCGCCAUAAAAACAAAUUGGGAUAUGAUACUAUCAUUGUCUCAAAUCGGCCUUUUAUGUUAUAACCCAUACGUCUUUUAUUAUAAAAUGUCUGUGGCUUGCCUUAACCCCAAAACUCUUAUAAGGUGGUGAUAGUGUUUCAAUGCUAGAUAGUCUUGUAGAUUUUCUCACAAAUGUACUUUGUACGAUUCCCUUUUAUGUCUUCAAGGUCCUUAUCAUCUUGUUGUUUGUUGUUCAUUUACAGAUUAUAAACGCAAAUCUUUUUUCCUACUUAGUUUAAGAUAUUUAAGUGAAAUUGAUUAGUCAAUAACAUAUUUAUUCGGUGGAAUUAGAUACUCGAUGGAAAUAAAAAAUGAAAAUAAAAAACGACGAGCGACAAUAAUUUGAAAAUGACGAUCGUUAUUCAAAAAAAAAAGAUAAAGAUAUAUUAUAAUUACUUUAAAAAAUUGAGCUGAAUAGGGAAAUAUUUAUCAUACAAUGCUUCAGACUAAUGUGCCUACAAAGUACAUAUUAUUUUGUAUAUAUUUUUUUAAUUUUAAUUUAUUCCAAUUUUACAAUAAUACAUUAAUAUAUGAAAAAGUUUUAUUGGAUUUUAUGUUUUUGCUUAAGAUCUCACGGAGUCGAUACAAAAGGCGCUUUUGAACGUUUUAUUUCUGGUUCUAAGUAAAUAAUUCUUGAGAAUUUAUGUGUAGAACUUCAAUUGACUCUAGAAAUACUGCAUUAACUAUUCUUAAUUCACUUUUCCAGUUGAUUAUAAUUUUAUUGUAGUUUUUGUAAAAAAGCAAAGAUAUUGUACAUCUAGUAGGCAUUUUCAAAAAUUGUUGGUUUCUCGUUUACAAUUUUUUUCAAAAAGUUGUGAAAUAGUGUAUACGAUAACAUUUAUUUUCGCAUGAAUAUUAUAUCUUUCAUAAAUUAUAAAAAAACCUGUACAUUGAUGAAAUUUUAAUGAAGCUAUAUGGUAUAUAAUGUAUCUAGUGAAAGCAUGUUAAUGUACUUUUCAUUUUUAGUUAAAAUAUUCAUUGUGGUAAGUGUAAAAAAUUUUCUCUACAAAAUAUGACUUUGUUGGAUAUUUUUAUAUAAAAUAUGUUGAAUAUAGCAAAAGUUUCAAAUUCUUGUCAUAUAGUUUGUUGUAUUUUGGACAAACUACAAUGACUUUCUCAUUAAACUUCUUCUAUUUUCUUUAUUCAAUAUAUUUCACUAGGAAUUGGUUGUACCUCCAGCUCCUGUACCAACUGCUACUACUCCUAUUCCUUUUCUAGAGGACAAACUAUUAUCUAAAAGGUCUUUUCUAUCAUUGAGAGACUAAGACUAUAGUAUUAGGUUUCAUAAUAUAUUUGGACAAACUAAAAUGACUUUCACCGUUUACAACCAAAUCAUUUGGAGUCUCAUUACACUUCUAUUUUCUUUCGAUAUAUUUCAGCUACUUUCAGAGAACUUACCAACUACUACUUUUUUAAUGAAAAUUCCAACAAAGUCAUGUUUAAAUUGUAAUUUUAACAAAUUUUGAAUGUGAAAUUAGUAUUUACUAGUCACCUUUCGAGGUUUACUUUAGCUUUUCACACACAAAAAACCGUUUCCUGUGAAAAUUUUAGAUGAUAGUUUAAAUUUUUAAAACGCGUGUUUGAAAAUAAUAAUAACGUUAAAAAUCUGUUGUCAAAUUUAUUUAAAUCUAGUCACUUAUCCUUCUAUCUAAUGUCAUUUUCUCCUCUUUGUAUUAUAAUAAUAAUAAUAAAAUAUUCUGUAUAAACAUUAUAUGUAAAGUAUUAAUCUAAAAAUUGUUGGCAACAGCAAAUGAAAAAUAUUUUGAUUGAAAAUUUAUUUUUUUUUGUUAUGAAUAGUGCCUCUUCACGUUAUAUUAAUAUAUCGAGUAAAAUUUUAUUAUUUAUUGUUAUGCAGGGCUUAACAAAGAUAUAUUUUCAAUAACUAACCAUUGUCAUAUGUCGGUUUUGAUAAUGUUCUUGAAAAAAACUUCUUUUUAAAACUAUUUCUCUAUUUUACCUCGAUAUGAAAUUAGACUCGGUAGUAGUUUUACAUAUAAAGUUGAAUCGACUGCUGUGACCUGAAAAUUUGAAAUAAAAACGCAAAAUUUCCAAUCUUAUCAAAAUUUAUUGAAUCGUUUUCAAAAUAGACUUCAUUUGGAGCGAUACACACCUACCAAUGCUAGUUGCUGUUUCCACUUUCCAAGAUGGGCUUCAGCUUUGGAAAUUUUCUUUGAUUUCAUCGUUGGAGAUAAAAAAUAAGAGUAGAGUCUCUAUAAGCCUAAAAGGAAUCAUUUGCUACGACAGUAGAAUACUGUGGAGGACUUAUUCGAAGAGCUGCUGUAUAAAGGCGUUCAGUUCGGUAUUGUAAUUAUAAAAAAAUAAAAUUACUCACAAGACGUUAUGGGGACAAUUUAAAUGAAAAAUUUCAGGUACAGUCAUUUAAAUAUUUGUUUUACUUGUUUUCUCAAACGUUUCUAUGCAUUUUUGAAUGGUUUCCUGAUCAUGGACAGAUGGUCCUUCGAGCCAGAUUAUGAAUCAGAGAAGGCUCGAAGGACCAGAUUGUUUUUGCAAAGGUAGUAAAUAGUGAGAAUAUGUUAGUAAAAAGACUGUUUUAAUUGUAUUAACCUAGGCACUAAAUAACAACGAAAAUAUUCACAAUAAAUUUUCAAUUAAAAGUGAAAAGUAGUAUAGUCAAUGUUGAAAUGAUAUAUAUUUAUAUAAAGUACAAAACUCGUGUAUUUGUACGAAUAUUGCUACGAUCUUGUUUUCGUUUUUAAAAUUAAUUGUGUAAAAGAAUUAUAUGAUACUAAUUAAAUAUUUAGAUGAUUAUAUCAUUUAUCGGUAUAAUGUUUAUAAAAUAUGUAUAUAAAUGUUAUUUAUUUUUAAAGUUAUUAGUUUAGAAAAUAAGUAUAUGAAAAAAAUUUAUUUUAUUCCUAUUUAGUGAAUGCUGUAAAGUGUUGUUGAUCAAUUUUUAUUAAACAAAUUUCAAUGAUAGAAUUUUUUUUUCAAUUUGUAUUUAUUAUAAAAUACAUUUUAAAAAUCAGUCGCAAGCUUUAAAUAAACUAUCCGAUGCUGAUAUUUAAUCCUACCAUCCAAAUAAAUUUUAUUUCAUAAUUAUAA